AUGAGCUUGACAGCCAUCGGCAUCCUCUCCAUCGGCGAGAUGGGGUUCGGCAUCGCCCAGCUCCUACGAGCCCACAACUACCGCGUACUCACCUACGCCGCCGACAGAAGCGCACACACCCAACACCGCGCCUGGCUCGCGGAGAUCGAACUGCGCCCCUCCCUACAAGACCUCAUCGACAACAGCGACGUGCUCCUCUCGAUCGUGCCGCCCGAUCAGGCCCUAUCGACCGCCGACCGCAUCAUCGCCGCCGCGUCCGCGCGCCACCUCGUGCGCUCCACUCCGCUGUACAUCUUCGAUCUGAACGCGGUCUCGCCGAGUACAGCGCGGGAGAUGGCCCAGCUGUACGCGACACGGGCGCGUGCGGAGGAUCUGGUAUUUUUGCAGGGGGGAAUAAUAGGGACGCCGCCUCGGCUGGUGGCCACCCCCUCCUCCUCACCGACGACUACGCAUUCAACACCACUACCAGCAACAUCAUCAUCAUCAUCAUCAUCAUGGAAAAAACCCACUAUUAUCCUCUCCGGCCCCGGUCCUCUCCCCAUCCCCCCGACCCUCACCACCAUCCUCAAUAUCCGCCACAUCUCCCCGGAAUAUGGCACGGCGGCUGCGGUGAAAAUGUGUUUCGCGGCACUCACCAAGGGGUUCACCGCAUUGGCCAUCGAAUCCUUCACCACCGCGCAGGGGUUCGGGGUGCUCCCUGCGCUGCGGGAGAUGUUGGCGGAACAUAAACCCGCGAUGCUGGGGAUGGCGGAGCGCGGGGUGGUGGGGAUGCCGUCCAAGGCGUAUCGGUGGGCGGGGGAGAUGCGGGAGAUUGGGGGGACGGUGUCGGAGGGGGGCGGAUUCAGUCCUGAGGUGUUCAAUGGCAUUGCAGAGGUGUAUGCGGCGGUCGCGGCGGAUCCCGUGUUAGGGGAAGAGAGACACAAAGUGAAACGGGAGCAUGGGGUGACGGUGGAGGAGGUGGUGGGCUGUUUACAGGCGAGUUUGAAGGAGAAGACGGAGUGA